AUGCCGUCUGGUUGGCUGGAUGCACUGGACUCGGAGUUGCAAGAGUCCAGAGCCUCCCAGCGCUCCGCUGGGUCAUGCGUGGAAGAUGCUGCAGGGCUUGCUGGCAAAGCUACAAGUUCUGCUUCUGCCCGUUCCCGUUCGGCGCCUGUGCGUGGUCGGGGACGCGGGAGACCGGUGGGCAGCAAUAUGAUGCGAGAGUUUCGGAAGCGCAAGGUUGAGCAGCACACCGAAGCCGAAGCAGAAGCAUCGGAUGAUGAGGCCCCUGAGGCCAACUUGAGCCCGAUUGAGAAGGCCCGGAAAGUUCUGCAGGAGAAGCGCGCUGCAAAGGCCAGUUCCUCCACAGCAGACAAGAGAGCAGCCGUGCAGUCUGGGGAGAUUCAAGCAUUUGGUGCUUUGCAGCAUAUGCAAUCUGUUGGCUCCCUGGUUCAGCUAAACUUGCUGGCGGCUGCUGCUGAAUCAUCGCAGCAAACACAGGAGGACGAGGCUGGUGUGCUGCGUGCUCACUUGCGGGGCCGCUUGCUCACGACGCCUUGGAAGGCCCUUUCCAGCUUGUUCUCAGAGGCCCCUUCGACGGUGGCCUCCAAAGCCCGUUCUGUUGGUGCUGCUGUGGUGGAGCUUGGAAGCUGGCUUUGGUCGUCGAUGUACUCGGCUAUGCAGCCUUUGUAUGAUCCGGCUUUGCAGCCACCAGGCACUCGACCUCGGCUACGGCCUCUGAUGUACGUCAUGCGUUUUCGCUAUGAUGAAACCCCGUCAAAGGUUCGAGUGCUUACCACUGACAAGCAUGGGACCGUGGUCGUGCCACGCCGUGACGCGACCUCUGCGCUGGCCGAAGUGUCUUCGGUUACCGAAGUGCUGACUGCAGAAACAGGAGCCGGCCUCGUUGCCAAGGGCAGCGCAGGAAUGCGAGAGCUGGUUGAAACCUCCGUGCAGUCGAAGAUUAUCCAGUGCGAGUAUUGUACUGGAAUGCUAUUGCAAGAUCUGCAGUCAAAACAGUAUUACUGGGUCUUUGGCGAAUUGCCCACUUGGCUUAUGGCAGUUGACCGCUGCACAGGAGAGAACACGCGCCGCUGCUUGAUGGAUGUGGUGCAAGCAUCGCCGGAGAUGUCAAGAAUCUGGUCGUCUUUUGAAAUCAAGCUUCGUGUUUCUACAACGGACCGCUUCGGCGCAAAUGCUCGAGCCGAGGCGGGGUUGACUGAGAGCGAUUUCAUGCCGGCGUUCCGCUUCUCUCACAUGCCUUGUGAUGUCCAUCGUCUGUCCACGGCUACGGGCUCGGCGGUGCUUCUUCAAGCUGCUGAUGUCAGCGGUGUCCUUAGCACUGGUCUGGCAUGCGGCUCCUUGGGAUCUACUCGCAAAUUACGCGAGAUCCUGUCGCGCAUCUUCAUGGAGGAGCUGGACGUGGAGUACUCGAGCCCGCCCGUCUCCCAACAGCGUGAGCACAUGCUAGAGCUUUUGCUUCCGGCGGAUGCCCCGACGCGUGCUUUGCGCAAGCAGAACAGCAUCCGCAAGUUCAUCCUGCGGCGGUUCCUGAUCCUUGGCCUGUUGGAGCAAGUGCAGCAAGUGCUUCCGGAGAGAUGGGUUGUCAUGAACGGUGAUCUGAGUGACGGAACAAUCCGUCACCACUGUGUCUAUGGCUGCUGCCGCAACCAGGCAGAGACAGCAGCAUAUUUCAAGACGUACGUGGUUUGGGCUUUGCUGCCGGCCAAGAUCCCUGUGUAUAGCCGCAAAUCCUGGGUGGGAUAUGACUCCGCCAUAGAUGCCAUCGCCCUGUUAGAAUGCCACCACGGUCUCUUCAGCCGCUGUAUGGAGAAGUUUGUGGGUUCCCCAACGAAUCUGCCAAAAGCUGACGAUGACGAGGCACGAGGCCCGGUGCCGCAGGGCUGGGCGGCAGCGUUGGAAGCCGAGGUGCACGUGGCCCCUGUUUCCUCCGCCGGCUCUGCUGCGGAACCCCAAGCAGACGUGCAGCAUGCUGCUGCAGAGGACGGAGAAGGCCCAGACCGACAGCAGUGGGCAGAGUUCAAUCGGAAGAAGAAGCAAGAUGUACGCUCCUGGUACGGCACGAGACCUGGGAAUCGCUUGCUUUUGCUGAAGGAAAUGCUAUCUGUCAUGCUCGGGCUGAUGCGGCAUUUCUUGACACUGGGCAGCAGGCGUUGGGAGGAGGCACAGUUGCUGCAGGUUGCCCGGAACGAGGACCGCGACUACAUCAUGUUGUCUGCCGCCCGAGGUGCAGAAGUUCAAGCGGCCAUGCAAGCUUUGAAAGACCUUCUCCACAAGCCCAUGCGAGCGAUCCCAACUGGAGAGGUGACUGCAGCGUUGGCUUCCCUGCGCUUCCGCUUGGGCUCAGCUGCAAUGUCUGCUAUGCAUGUCUUGAUUCGCACGCCUCGCCAGAACCUGCCGUACUGCAUGUUCGGUGUGUUGCAGAAGGAUGCUGCAGGUCGACAGGAAGCUCUCCGGAAGCUCACGGCAUUUCCGCCCUGCAUGCAUGACAGUCUCUUCUCGCUCCUGCGGCAGCACUUCCCCAGCGAUGCGGACUUGGAGAGCAGCGACUUUGAAGCUGUUCUGACUGCGCUGGCGGCCGCUUACUGCGUGGACAUAAGCACCAUCGAGUCACGACAUGCCAGUUCUCGAGAAUUCACGCUCUUGAGAAGCAGAGGUUGGGUGCCAAAUCUGGAAGCUGUUGGAUCCAAAUUUGCAACGCAGCGCUAUGCCAAUGCGCCACCGGCCAGUGCACCACCGGAGAAGACUGCAGAGAAACCAAAGCAACCGCGCGGCGGCGGCGGUCCGUGGCGAGCAUUCGUUUCAGACCAGUCUGCCGGCCGCCAGUUCUCCAGCACCACUGCCUUGUCGGAGGAGUACCGUGCACUCGCUGAUCACGAAAAGCAGCGAUACAAAGACGCAGGAGCAGCCGGAACAGCAGCUCACCAAGCUGGGUUUCCCUCGUUUGGGGACUCACGGCGCCGACAGCAACGCCAACGCCUCCGUAGCUUGCCUCCGCCAGCUCGGGCGGGGGAGAUUCUGCCAGGAGGGGCUAUCGUUCUGCCGGACGUGGAACGUCCCAACCAGGUCGUGCCCUACAACGGUCCGAGUUUCGAGGAGGAGCUGGAGCAGCACAUUGCGCAGAUCACUGCUCCCGGUCUCCUCGGCAACGAUGGUCUCAACGAGGCGGAAGUCUUGGAGAUAGAAAGCUUUCAGCAAGAUCUUCCAGCUGGCACUCCUCUCCUUGCGGUGUUUGAGGGACAGAACGCUCUGCAGCAAAGUUUUUCCAGGGAUACCUUUUCAAGGACGCAGUCUCGCGGACUGUCCGAGCGUGGUGUCAGCAUCACGGGAUUGACAUGGACACCCCCGACAGCACGCUUGGUGGAGGCUCUGGUUGUGUAG